AUGGCCGAAACUUAUGUCAACUUCCUUGGCGGCUCGCCGUUGAAUCGCCUCUCCUGGCUGCGGACCUCGCAUAACUUUCUGAAUGCUAUCGCCGUUGCAUCUGCAACCCGAUGGGUCAUUUUUCAGACUGGACAACCGUUGCUCAUCUCCGAACCCAGUUCCGCCAAACGAUCGCUUGCCCGACUCACAUCUACGGACGUAAGGCCCUUUUUAGGUCCGGAGCCUUUCUUUUCGCAAGGACAAAACCCAGGCGACCAUGCUCCGACGGAUGUGUUGACUCUGGAGGCUGCUCGCUUCCAUGGCCCUCCAGUAGGCUUUCUGGGCUUGCAUGAGCCGCAAACUGGCGAGGCAAAUGCAUUACCCUCGUCCGAUUUCAGCGCAAAGGGCGAUAUCGCUACAGUGAUAUCCAACCUGAAGGGCACGCCCUACUUUUCUCUCGAUUUGACUGGUAUCGACCAAGCAAAACUCGACGAGAUUUUGCAGAAGUCUGAGGCAAGCAGGACCGGAGCAGAAUUUACAUUUUCUGAGCCGCGUGCUGCGAUGGGUGCCCUUGAUGCUUUCGAAGCGAGUAUAUUCGCGGAAGCUAGAAGUAUGAUUGACUGGAACACGCGCAAUAAGUUCUGCUCGGCAUGUGGUUCUCCCGUCUAUUCCCUGUGGGCAGGAUGGAAGCUGUCCUGCACAUCUCUUCUGACAUGGGCAAAUAACGAUGGUAAGACGCCCUGCCCUACGGCGAAGGGCCUUCACAAUUUCUCCCAUCCGAGAACGGAUGCCGUCGUUAUUAUGGCUGUGAUUAAUGAAUCAGGAGACAAGGUGUUGCUUGGCAGAAACAAAAAAUGGCCCGGGAAGUUCUAUUCGGCUCUUGCUGGGUUCAUUGAACCUGGCGAAUCGUUCGAGGAUGCGGUCAAGCGCGAAAUUUAUGAAGAAGCAGGUGUUAAAGUGUGGAAUGUUCAGUACCACUCGACACAGCCCUGGCCUUAUCCAGCUAACCUCAUGGUAGGCUUCUAUGCCACUGCGGAUUCGUCUCAGCCGCUGCGAACAGAUCUCGACAAUGAGCUCGACGAUGCCAGAUGGUGCACCCGCGAAGAAAUUCUAGCUAUCCUCAAUCAUGCAGAUGGGACAAAUAUCACGAACAGGGACCACCGCAAACUUGCGGCUGCACAGGAAGAGCGAGACCAUACUGUGAAGAAGGUGUCUACUGCAAACGCUUUAGCCGGGGACGCUGUACAAAGCGGCGAGGGCGACAGAGCGACAGCGGUUGAUCCUCUAUCUGAAGUACCGUUCAAGAUCCCACCAGUCACAGCCAUCGCAGGCGUGCUGAUUAGUGAAUGGGCUCACCGACGUGCGGGGCCUGGAUCAUUCAAAGGUCAUCUCUAA